AUGUCUGACAAGAUUGCCUUUCAGCAAAGCUGCAGCACUUUUAGACACAUCUUUGUAAGCACAGAGACCACAGUGUCAACCAGAAGAUCUCAGAGCUGCAUCCGUUGGUACAAGAUGAUCUAUUUUCUGCUCGGUCUGCUUUGCUCCAUCUGGGGAGAACCUGCUCAGUGUCUGGAGGAGAACAGAGGUUUUAACUUUGAAGAUGACCUCCGUCAGCUCGCUGUGGGCAACAGCUCUGUCUACAUCGCUACAGAGGAGAAACUUUACCAGCUGAGCCAUGACCUGACUCUGAUCUACAGCCUGACCCAGAGAGGGACCUUAAAGAGUGGGGACCAACCGGAUAAAGAGGAGUUUUACAGAAACCCCAUGAAGACUGCCUGGAAUGCAACUUUAAAAGUUAAUGUUUUUUUACCAUUUGAGAAAAAUGACACAUUGAUCAGCUGUGGUGUGACUGGAAACAAACUCUGUGGUUAUUGUGAGAUUCUGGACCUGAAGAACAUCUCCAAGCUGGUUUACAGUGAAUCCGUCCAGGUGGGACCUCAGAGAAGCAGCAGUGGUUCUGUCAGCUUUCUGGUGGAUGUGAAGGAGGAUUCAGGUCAGACUGAGACUUACAUCCUGACAGCAAUAAAGAACCCUAGACUCAAGACAGACUGUAGUGCUGAUUUAAAGACAAUCAACCUUCACAACACAUAUCACAGGCAGCCUGGGGAAAUAUUUUCCUGGUCUGAUCAAUCAGGUGAUAAACCUGGGAUCCAAACUGAAGCUGCAGUAGAGUUUGUGGACGGAUUCCAGAUCAACUCAACAGUGUAUCUGUUCUCCAACGUGGCAUCAGGAGGUAAAAGCAACAAAGUCCGUCUGAUCUGGCUUCAGGCUGAAACCAGUAAAACUCAGACUCUGGAGUCUCUUCAUGGAGCGACUCUCAGUUCCUCUGGAGGUGAAGACAGCAGACUGCUGGCGUCCUCGGUCGUCCCAGGUGGACAGCAGGUCCUGUGGAGUGGAGUGUUCAGUGUGGACGGAGGAGAAAGCAACACUGAGCUGCUGCUGUUUGACAUCAGUCCUGAUCUCAACAGGGAGAUGGAUAAAGAUCCAGACUUUUUUUACACAUCAAAAACUACAAAGACCUCGUGGCUGGUCUCGGUUCUCCUGAAACCAAAGGCUGUGCUUUUUAAGCAGAACCUCAUGAGUUCUGUUCUGACUGUCCGGCUGAACGGCUGGAUGGUUUUCUUCAUUGGAACAGCAGAUGGACAGAUCAUCAAGCUUUCUGUGGACAGGAAGUAUCGACCCUCCUGUCCACAGAUCCUCUACAGAACCAGUGGAGACAACAAAGUGUUUCCAAAAGUCCAACUGGAUCCAGUGGAUCAGAAACAUGUCUAUGUGCCGUUUAAAAACCAGGUUAAACGUGUUCCAGUGUCAAACUGCACAACUUACCAAAAUGUGAAGGAUUGUCUUUCUGCCCAGGAUCCAUUCUGUGUCUGGUGUGUCUCUAAGAAAAGCUGCUCAUUUAAAGACGACUGCAUAGAUUCAGAGAGGCUGUCCAUCCCUGAUGAAUCCAAGCAGAUAGUUUCUCACAGAUUUCAGAAGGACUCCACAGGAGAGAUGAAAAUAAUCCUCCAAUCACAUCUGACUGUAGAGAAGAAGGUUCAGUCUAACUUCACCUGUGAUUUCUCUACAACCUCCACUCAGCUUUGUACAAAACAAGAACCUAAACCACAGUACCCACAAUGCACCUGCAUUCUCAAUGACCCUCUCCCUGAUCCUGACGUUACCGUGACGAUCAGACUUGGAGACACAAAACUGACAGAACAAAUAAAGAUCAUUAAUUGUUCCAGUAUCCAGGGGCAACCAAGUUUUCACCUGUGUCAGCGGUGUAUCAGAGCAGGAUGUGGGUGGAGACAGAACAGCUGCUCCUGGGCCACUGAUGCAGUCAGCAACGACAUUUGCCCAAACUUUGAGCAGUUUGGGAGAAAUUUUUCUAUACCAGAGAUCUCCUCCGUCUCUCCCAGUGUUGUGUCUUUCUAUGGCAGAAAUCAGGCUGUGUUGUCGGGUCGUAACCUCAGAGAUGUGACCAGAGUCAGGAUUAAAGCAGACCUGGACUGUGACCCAAAGGAGUCUCCUGUGUGGAACAACAGUGGUCUCAGUCUGUUGUUCCACCUUCCUGAAGUCCAAACUACAGGUGUGGUCAGAGUGUGUGUCCUACUCCCAGAUGAAAGUUGCUAUGGCGACGCCAAAGUCGUCUAUCAAUCAUCACCAGUGUGCACCAACAUCUUACCAAGCAUCAGCUGGAGGAGCGGAAACAGGGAAGUCACUCUAGUUGGAGCAAAUCUGGAUCUGGUGGAGGGGAUCGCACACACAGCCACACCACACAGGAAGCUGUGUUUACCACAAACAGCAACUAUCAGACUCGUCUACGAAACACCAGCAGCCGAGAAUGAUGGGCGCUCCAGCAGCGCCGUGUUUCUGAAAGUAGCCAAUCGAAGCUUAGAGUGCCCUAAAAAGAUGACCUACCAUCCAGAUCCAGAGUUUAUCAGCUUCACAGCUGUGAGCACGGGGCAGAAGAGCCAUGUCUUUAUCCAGAAAAAGACAGACAACCUGGAGAUGGAGCUAGCAGAGCUGUCAGUUUGGGUCAUGAAGGAUGAAAAGCAAUAUCCCUGCAUCAUAACAUCCAAAGAAAACGGCGACAAAACAGAGACUGUCAUCUGCGAGGUCCAAGGUUCACAAAAUGAUGACUUCAGACACAUAAAGGGCCGGCCCACAUGGGGCCCUAAGCAGAACUCGAUUUGGGGCCUGUCCUGCUCAGAACAGCAUUGUAGACCAGAAGUGGUGGAAUCUGGGAAAGGGGGCGGAGCUUAG